UAUUGAGCAGCACAGAGAAUGAUAGAAAAAAAAUAUCCUUUUCCUUUCUCUCGCACUGUUCACUCACACGUGUGUGGUUUGGGAUUUUUUCGAUUCUCAAUUUUUAGAUUUUUAACUAAAUUCUGAUCAAUAAAUCAGCAAAAAUGGUCGUGAAAGCUAAAAAAAGCACAAAACAAAAUGUUCAAAAUGCCAAAACAAAAGGUGGUAAAAAAUUGAAAAAAGUUGCAUUGAAAUUUUCGAUUGAUUGUUCAAAACCAGUGGAUGAUGGUAUUAUGAAUGCAACGGAUUUUGAAUCUUUUCUCAAAGAAAGAAUCAAGGUUAAUGGAAAGACAGGAAAUCUUGGAACAGCCGUUACAGUUGAACGUAACAAAUUCAAGAUUUUAAUCAAUACAACAAUACCGUUUUCAAAACGUUAUCUCAAAUAUUUAACAAAAAAAUAUUUGAAAAAGAAUAAUCUUCGUGAUUGGAUUCGUGUGGUUGCUACAUCGAAAGAAGCAUUCGAACUUCGUUAUUUCCAGAUCAAUAACGAAGAUGCUGAUGAAGAAGAAGAUAAUGAAUAAUAAAAAUGAUUAUAAAUUCAAAUAAAUUUUUUGUUAAGAAAAAUUAAAAUUUUUUUUAUUAUUUCUCACUUA